GUAAAGACGGGCUGUCGUCAUGGCGCGAUUACUAGACGCCAGAGCAUGGCAGCCGACGCCCAAUCGCCUCUCCCCUCAGACCUUUUUCCCAUCUCCACCCCAACGGUCGGGAGUUUUCUGUCCCCCGGGGUACCGGUGAGACACCCUGCCACCAGCAGCCUUUACCUACCCGCCCCUAUCCCCGACUGUCCUUCCGACAACACGGUUUGUCUGCUUUCCAAACCACAUUACUUCUCCUCACGGCUUUACUCGACCGGCCCUACCAUUCCGUCUAGCUCUAGACAAACAUGUUUGCCCAUUUUCCCUCCCACCUUCGUCACCCAGGCAAAGUACAGCACCAUUCCUGUGGUUGCAGUUAUCAGUGAUCGCGUCUUUCUCCCCUCACCGUCGAAGGAUCGGAAAUCCCCAUUUUUCAGGGGCUCCUUUCACGCUAGUUCACAUCACGAAUGA